UGUAAUGGCACAACAUUUUCUUUGACAAAACUGCUCACCUUGUACUGAAAAGUACUUGUAUUACUUAAUAAGAGUUAAAAUUAUUUUUAUAAAUUAAAAAAACCUACGACUGUAGUUUUCAAUCAUUGGAAUGGUUAUUAUUUUUAAUUUUUUAAUUGCUUAUUAGAUGACUAUAUUUUAUUAAUAAUUUAAAUAGUAUGUUCUACUUACACGUACCCGAUAUAAACAUAUCUAUAAUUGAAGUGGAAGACUCUUCUUUAGCACGGUUAAUUCAUUUUGUUACUUACGGAAAGUUAAGUGAAAAGCCAAAACACAUUGAAUAUCUCAAGAAUUCAUCAUUGUUAGACUAUGUUGGAUUUUUAUCUUUAAGAACACAUGCGAGUUUAACGAAAGAUCCAGAUUUAAAAGAAACAAUUAUUGAAGGAGAGUGUAAUCUGAUUGCGGAACGUUUGCGUUUAUUAACGCCUAAGUACUUGAGAAAAUAUCUGAUUCAGAUAAUAGAUGACAUAAAAUGUUUGAAUAAAACUGAUGACAAUAUUGAUGUGCUGUUAAAAGUCUGUGAACAGUAUAAGGAUAAGCAACACGAGCCUUGUGGUGAUAACUGUGAUCUAGAACAUAUUACAGUUCCUUGGCAGAAGUGCUUGUCUUUAAUGACCGAGUACAAAGUUUUUAUUACAAAAGGACAUGCAUGUGUGCCUUGUAAAUUUUGGAAUGGUUUGUUAAGAGAUUUGUUUCGUUUAAUAUACUAUAAGUCCUUAUACCAAAUACGCAGGUGUUGUUCUACAUUGCCCGAAAGCGACUUGCGGCUUGAUUACAUAACAAAUCGAAUAGACAUGUUUUAUAAUUCUAAGGUGGCGUUCUGGAGAAAUAAUAUUGAGAAUGUAACUUUUGAAGAAUUAAAUAUAAAUCGACAUUUGCUACCGCCGUGCAUGUCUUUGUCGUUGGAUUCUUUGUUUUCAAACCACCGCCUAGCACACGAUUCUCGUUAUCUGUUAACAUUGUUUUUAAAAAACAUUGGGGUACCGAUAGAACAAACAUUAGAAAUGUUCAAACAACAAUACAGCAUGAUUGACAAUCAAGGCAGUACGUGUACUCAUACAUGGAAUGAACAUCACAAACAAAUUAUAUACAACGUUAAACAUACAUAUGGCAUGGUUGGAUCAAAGAAAAAUUACAAUAUGCAAUCUUGUUCUUUUAUUCAAAAGCAAAAUUCUAGUCAAUUGUCAGAAGAAGGUGGUUGUCCGUUUGUCCAUUGUAGUGGAGAUAAACUUAAAAAGAUAUUGGAGAAAAACACAACAUUUGAUAAUACCGAAAUUAAGGUAAUUAACGAAUUGAGAAAUAGCGAUCGACCAAUUGAAGCGUGCCAUUGGUAUGCGCAAAAAUUGUUUAAAAAAACUACUUAUUUAUGUCACAGCACACCCGUUCAAUAUUAUUUUAAUUUUAAAAUGGGCACAAGACGUCAUAUAUCUUUAAACCAAUAAGAAUUAUAUUUAUCGUUGUUAUUAUUGAUGUUAUUAAAAUAGAUCUAAUUAUUGUUA